GGCAACCUCUCUGCAACAUGACACAUUUUCUGUCAAAUAGCGGCCAAUUGUUUUGACACCGAGUAGGAGUCAACCUAUAUUUUCAUUGUAAAUGAAAAAACAUAAAUAUUAACAAAAGUUAUUGCAUUUUUAAAGGAAUUAAACCAUAAACACAAUGCCGGCAUAUCAUUCCACAAUAAAGGAAUUCCCCUCAACGGUGGGCAACAUGGCCAUAUUGCCUUUGAGGACCCAAUUCAGGGGACCAGCUCCACAACAAAUGAAUAAUGAUAACGAUAUCAUUGAUGAGUCACUUUAUUAUUUCAAAGCGAAUGUUUUCUUUAGAACCUAUGAAAUAAAGUCUGAAGUCGAUCGCACCUUGAUUUAUAUUACCCUCUAUAUUACGGAAUGUUUGAAAAAGUUACAGCGAUGUGCCAAUAAGAAUCAAGGCCAACAGGAAAUGUACAGCCUGGCCAUAUCGAAAUUUGAUAUACCCGGCGAGGCUGGAUUCCCUUUGAAUGCUGUCUAUGCCAAGCCCCAAACUGCUCAGGAAACUGAUUUAAUGCGCCAAUAUAUUUUGCAAUUGAGACAUGAAACUGGUAACCGGGUAUUGGAAAAAGUUUUCGGCGAAGAUGGCAAACCCAACAAAUGGUGGAUCUGUUUUGCCAAAAAGAAGUUCAUGGAAAAAUCAUUGUCCGGUCCAGGACAAUAGGCGUAUCAAGCAAAAAAAAAAGUAUUUUUAGUUCUAUAAAACUUGACAGACAGACUUCCAUUUAGCAACAAAAGAGAAAGAAAAGGAGGGCAUUAUAUUAAACUAAGCUAACCUAUUUGUAUUAAUUUUCAAUGUUUUUUCUAAAGUGUUAUUAAAAAAAAAAACAACAAACCAAAA